UCUACUUUCUUAUAACGCUCCAAGAAAUAACAAGAUCAGUCGUAAAACCGAGUGUUAAACUGAGUGGUUAAGGCAUACAUUCGGUUAUCAAAUAUUAAAAGCAGGACAAACAUGAUCCGUAAUUUAAAGCCAUCUGAAAUAUUUUACUCACAGGAUUCAAUCAACAAUGUAUUUGAUAGAAGGUCACAACACUGGAACAUACGGAUUGGUGAAACUCUGGAUGAUAUUUGUGAUGGGAGAUGCAGCGUCCUGUCAAUACCUCAAAUUGCCGUAAAGUCAGAAGGCGAAAAAUGGGUAACAGCGGACAACCGUCGACUGUGGGUAUUCAAACAACUAGAGCGUCUCGGAAAAAUAGAAACGAUCAACGUGUAUAUAAUCGAGUACAUACCACCGGCGAAAAUGACGUCAAAUAACGGUGGAGUGUCCAUAAGGGUGAGAGGGGCGCCUGGUGGGCGGUGGUAUUUGGAACCCGAUAAGCUGUCAAAACAAAAGGAACAGAAGACUUAUCUACUCAAUGCACAUUCAGGGAGUGUAACAACUAAUUUGCGUAACACGAACAGGCGUCCAACAACAGCUUGUUCUGAACCAAAUAAGAAUAAUAUUGAUUCAUUGCUUGAGAAAAGCUCAUUCAUGUAUAAACCCUCGUCUGCAAACCAAUACGUACAAGACGUUUUACCAAAACAACGUCACCUCGCUAUCAUCCGAGAAGAUGAGGGCCAUAAUAAAAGAGAAAACAAGCCUUCCCCUACAGCAAGACAAUCCGUACAUGACGAAUCACUUAAACCAUGUACCAACGCUAUCGCCCGAAAAUACGACGGCCACAACAGAUUGGCAGACAAACAAUCCUCUACAGCAAGCCAAUCCGUAAAUGACGAAUUACUAAAACUACGUACCAACGCUAUUGUCCGAAAAGACGACAGCCACAACAGCUUGGCAGACAAACAAACCUCUACAGCAAGCCAAUCCGUACUUGACAAAUUACUAAAACAACGUACCCGCGCUUUCAACAGAGAAGACGACAUCAUUCACAAGAGGGCAUUCAAACAAUCCUUCGCAGCAAGCCAAUCCGUAAAUGACGAAUUACUAAAACUACGUACCAACGCUAUUGUCCGAAAAGACGACAGCCACAACAGCUUGGCAGACAAACAAACCUCUACAGCAAGCCAAUCCGUACUUGACAAAUUACUAAAACAACGUACCCGCGCUUUCAACAGAGAACACGACAUCAUUCACAAGAGGGCAUUCAAACAAUCCUUCGCAGCAAGCCACUCCGUAUAUGACGUAUCACGUAAUCAACGUACCCAUCAAUUCGCCCGAGAAGACGAGAGCCAUAGUACAAUGACAAACAAACAAUCCCCUACAUAUAUCCCAGCCGUAAAUGACAAACGACAAAGCCACACUAUCGCCCGAAAGGACGACAGCAACAACAGAAGGGCAUUUAGACAAACAUGUGCAGCAAACCACUCUGUACAUGACGAAUCACUUACUUGCGCUUCCCCCCGAGAAGACGACAGCUUUAUCAGAAGGCGUGUAAAAAACUCCUCUUCAGCAAGCCAAUCCGUUCAUGACGAGUUACUGAAGCAACGUACUCGAGCUAUCCACAUGGAAGACGAUAUUAUUCAAAGAAGGGCAUUUAAACAAUCAUAUGCAGCAAGCCACUUCGUACAUGAAAAAAUACCUAAUCGACUUGCCCGUGCUAAUGUCCGAAAAGACGACAGCCACAACAGAAGAGCAGAAAAGCAAUCCUCUUCAGCAAGCAAAUACGUACAGGACGAAUCCCCUUCUCAGCAUACCCAAUCAAUAGCUCGUAAACACGAAACCAUUCACAGAAGGGCAUUUAAACAAUCAUAUGCAGAAAUCCAUUCUGUUCAUGACAAAUCACUGAAACAACGUUCCUGCGCACUCGCUCGAGAAGACUUUCACAGAAAGGCAGUAUAACAGUCCUCGGCAGCAAGUCAAUCCGUAAUAAUUGAUAACUUAUACAACAUUCCCGCGUCAUCGACCGAGAUUCCGACAGAAUCCAUAAAAGGGCUAUUAAAAAUCCACUGCAGCAAGACAUCUACACAGGAUAAAUCAUCUCUAUAUUCCCGCAAAAUAGCCCAAGACAUCGACAACCAAGGUAGCAGGUUGUAAGACAAUCAUCGGCAUGCUAUUCCGGUCCUGAAAAAUUAUUUAUCUAACAUAUCCGUGCAAUAGACCGAGACACCGACAGCCAAAAUAAUCAAGACCGGUGGGUAGUUUAUGAAUAUGAUCAACAGCGGUAGCUAGGUUGCUUUAUGAAUAUACCAACAGUGGUAGCUAGGUUGCUUGAUAUAUUAAAUCAACAGCGGUAGCUAGGUUGGUAGCUUGAUGAUUAUAACUAACAGUGGUAGCUAGGUUGCUUUAUGAAUAUACCAACAGUGGUAGCUAGGUUGGUAGCUUGAUGAUUAUAACUAACAGUGGUAGCUAUGUUGCUUGAUAUAUUAAAUCAACAGCGGUAGCUAGGUUGGUAGCUUGAUGAUUAUAACUAACAGCAGUUGCUAGGUUGCUUGAUAUAUUAAAUCAACAGCGGUUGCUAGGUUGGUAGCUUGAUGAUUAUAACUAACAGCGGUUGCUAGGUUGCUUGAUAUAUUAAAUCAACAGCGGUUGCUAGGUUGGUAGCUUGAUGAUUAUAACUAACAGUGGUAGCUAGGUUGCUUGAUAUAUUAAAUCAACAGCGGUAGCUAGGUUGGUAGCUUGAUGAUUAUAACUAACAGUGGUAGCUAGGUUGCUUUAUGAAUAUACCAACAGUGGUAGCUAGGUUGGUAGCUUGAUGAUUAUAACUAACAGUGGUAGCUAUGUUGCUUGAUAUAUUAAAUCAACAGCGGUAGCUAGGUUGGUAGCUUGAUGAUUAUAACUAACAGCGGUAGCUAUGUUGCUUGAUGAUUAUAAUCAACAGCGGUUGCUAGGUUGGUAGCUUGAUGAUUAUAACUAACAGUGGUAGCUAGGUUGGU